UGUCGAGUGGAGGCAGGAAGCCGGAGACAAGCGCAGUCCAGUCCAGUCUGCUCCAGGUGGCCGGUUCGAUCCCCGCAUCUCCUUCCCGUCUGUCCGUCCGCGGAACUCGCCCCUUUGCCAUGAAGCUGAAGCUGAACCUGGCAGCCUUUCUACUGCUGCUGCUGGCGGCGUGCUGCGGCUCGGGCCGCUGCGCCGGGAGGAACAUCGUGCUGAUACUGGUGGACGAUCAGGACGCGGAGCUGGGAGGAAUGACUCCCAUGAAAAAGACUCGAGGCUUAAUCGGAGAUGCAGGCGUGGUGUUUGCCAACGCGUUUGCCGUCACCCCACUUUGCUGUCCGAGUCGCAGUGCCAUUUUAACCGGGAAGUACCCGCACAACCACCAGGUGAGGAACAACUCGCUGAGUGGCAACUGCAGCAGUGCGCAGUGGCAGAAGGUGAUGGAGCCACAGGCCAUCCCCGUGUACAUGAAGAAGAGCGGCUACCAGACCUUCUACGCAGGCAAAUACCUCAACCAGUACGGGCACCCUACAGUUGGUGGAGUGGCGCAUGUGCCCGUGGGCUGGGAUCACUGGCACGGGCUGGUGGGGAACUCAAAGUAUUACAACUACACCUUGUCGGUCAAUGGUGCAGCUGAAAAGCACGGAGACAACUAUCAAAGGGACUACCUGACUGACCUCAUAGCCAACCGCUCGGUGGAGUUUCUGGAGUCGAGGAAGCGACAUGUUCCAUUCUUCAUGGUGCUGGCCACCCCGGCCUGCCACUCCCCCUGGACCGAAGCCCCCAGGUACAGCAAGUCCUACAUCAGCACCAAAGCUCCACGACAUGGAAGCUUCAACGUUCAUGGCAAGAAUAAGCACUGGCUGAUCCGUCAGGCUAAGACACCGAUGAAGAAUACUUCUAUCCAAUUUUUGGACAAUGCUUUCAGGAAAAGAUGGCAGACGCUGCUCUCGGUCGAUGACCUGGUGGAGAAGGUGAUCAAAACACUCGAGCAAGUGAAGGAGCUGAACAACACUUACAUCUUCUACACAUCUGACAAUGGCUACCACACCGGGCAGUUCUCUCUCCCCAUCGACAAGAGGCAGCUUUACGAGUUUGAUAUCCGAGUGCCGUUGCUGGUUCGUGGACCCGGCAUCAAACCCAAGCAGAACAUCAAGGAACCCGUACUUAAUAUAGACUUGGCCCCGACGUUCAUGAACAUUGCUGGAUACGACACAUGGAAAAGCAUGGAUGGCAGGUCCUUCCUCCCCCUCGUGGACCCUUCGCAGAAUAAAACACAUUGGCGCACUGACUUCCUAGUGGAGUAUACUGGGGAGGGCAAGGACAAGGCUGACCCUAUGUGCCCACAUGUUGGACCUGGGGAGGCAGAAUGUUUCCCCGACUGUGUGUGUGAAGAUGCUUUCAACAACACCUACGCCUGUGUGCGGACAUUGUCCAAGAUCAACCUGCAGUAUUGUGAGUUUGCGGACAGAGAGAACUUUGUGGAGGUCUACAACCUGACCUCUGACCCGCAUCAGCUGACCAACCUCGCCAAAGCUGUGGACCCCACACUACUUGUUAAGAUGAACCAGAGGCUGAUCAAACUGGAGUCUUGUUCUGGCAGUGAUUGCCGAACUGUUAAACGAGAGGAGGAUCGAUUUGAUUCCUAGCUGGAGGAAUAUUGAAGAGUUGCUGCCGUUUGUGGAUGUUCCUUUAGCAGGUGAACUGUCUGGAUGUUCAGCUUCCAUCCACAAAAGAAAUACUGUGAAUUGUCGACCAGCUUUCGUGAGUCCACAAAGAAUCCAUGAGAACGCAAUUAACCAAAGUGUGCAAUAAAUCAAAUCAGGAGGAGAAAUCGCCGAAUUACAACAGUAUCCUUUGCUUGUUUGUAAGGAGCAAGAAUCUCUUUGGCCUUAUACCGAGCCUCUGAUGCCCAUCAGCACUUUUUCGGAGGGUCAUGUAUAGACGCUUUCCCUCUCCAUGAUCUGUGAAUGGAAGUUGUCGAAGUUAUGUACCGAGCAACAGCUUGAUCUAUGGUUGUUGGCUUGGCUUUUAGAUUAUUUUGCUUACCAAGAGUCGAUAUUUACCCCCUCUUACUUCUCCCCCCCCCCACUCCCUGGGUUGUGUUCUCGAUAUUGAUGAAGGGUUGGGGAGAUGGUUCCCAUGUAUGCCCAUGUCCGAGUGAAUUGCCAUCGAGGUGGAUGGGAACCGUUCUGCCGCAUAGGAACUCUCUGCUGGCAACGCUUCACGAAAUCGGACCAGCCCACGGCAAGACCAACAUUUAACGGAUGCCCAGAGUGGAGUCAUUCAUGAAACUGGCUGUAAUGUUUCUCGGGUGACGAUUGGCUGACGCAGUUGCAAGCCCCCAGUGAUCGCCUGAGCCGGUGACCUGUUGUUGUGCUUGCUCUCCAUAAUGAAACAUUGAUGGCAGCUGAAGAAGUGGCAUUUAUGUGGGAAUCAGCUUGCAGACUUGAAUGGUUCGCUUCAUCCCGUACAUUCACUUCCAAUCCAUUAGUUUAUACUUGGAAUUGUGCCUUAUGCUGGAAACCUUUUUUUUGCAAUUACUACUGCGUUGAAGUAAUCAUCUCUUUUGGGAAUUUUGACUUGUGCCGUGUGUUCAGAAGAUUUUUGUUUUUUGCUAACAGUAUCUUUUUGUAUGAAUAAAUAAAUACUCUUCUCAGUGUAGGCGAGUAACAAACUUAUAAUGCAGACAUGGACUUUUGAUUAAAAAUUAUUAUUGCUUAGUACUU